AUGGAUGAUUCCCAGUUUGACCAGCUGGUCGAUGCCGUAUUCGGCGACCGUGUGAGAAGGUUCCAGGAGUUUUUGGACCAAAUUAACGACCAAGGGUCUAAUUACAGAAACGACAUCAAGGAAAUGCUUAUGAAGGGAAAAUUUCGUCUCUCUGUAUCCAUUGACGACAUUAGAAACUUCGACGUGGAAUUCUGGAAAGGUCUCUUGGAUGACCCUGUCGAUUAUUUGCCUGCUUGCGAGCGUGCGUUGAGAGAUACCGUGCUCACCAUUUAUGAUCCCAAUGAUAAUCGAUUCGAGCCUUUGGAUGACAAUCAACAGUUUUACCUUGCGUUCAAGGGUGCCUUCGGAGACCAUCAGGUGACGCCUAGAACUAUCGACGCAAACCACCUCAGCCGUAUGGUGGCCAUUGAGGGUAUCGUCACCCGGGCGUCUUUGGUUAGGCCCAAGGUCAUCAGAUCGGUGCAUUAUGCCGAGAAAACCGCUAGAUUCUUUGCCAAAUCGUACAAGGACAACACCACUUCGUUUGAUGCCAUCACGACCCCUGCCGUAUAUCCAUUGGAGGACCCUGAUGGAAACAAGUUGACGCCAGAGUACGGUUUUUCCACCUACAGAGACCAUCAAAAGAUUUCUGUCCAGGAGAUGCCUGAGACUGCUCCAGCGGGUCAGUUGCCUCGUUCAGUGGAUAUUGUUUUGGAUGACGAUUUAGUGGACUUGACAAAGCCAGGUGACCGUGUCCAGAUUGUCGGUAUCUACAGAGCAUUGGGAGGAGCCAACAACAACUCGUCGGCGUUCCGUACAGUAGUCUUGGCCAAUGCUGUCUAUCCGCUACAUGCUAGAUCUACUGGUGUUUCAGCUCAGGAAAAGUUGACCGACCAGGAUGUGAGAAAUAUCAACAAAUUGGCUCAAGACAAGAAUAUCUUCGACACAUUGUCUCAGUCUCUUGCGCCAUCUAUCUAUGGAUUGGACUACAUCAAAAAGGCUGUUUUGCUUAUGAUGUUUGGUGGUGUGGAGAAGAACUUAGACAACGGAACACAUUUGCGUGGAGACAUCAACAUCUUGAUGGUAGGAGACCCUUCCACUGCAAAAUCUCAAAUGUUGCGAUUUGUAUUGAAUACUGCGUCUCUUGCAAUUGCCACUACCGGUCGUGGAUCCUCCGGUGUCGGUUUGACAGCGGCUGUCACCACAGAUAAGGAAACUGGAGAACGUAGAUUGGAGGCUGGUGCCAUGGUUUUAGCCGACAGAGGUGUGGUUUGUAUUGAUGAGUUCGACAAGAUGUCAGACGUUGACCGUGUGGCCAUCCACGAGGUGAUGGAGCAACAGACUGUCACUAUUGCGAAAGCAGGAAUCCACACCACUCUUAAUGCCAGAUGUUCAGUCAUUGCUGCUGCCAACCCGGUGUUUGGCCAGUAUGAUGUUCAUAAAGAUCCUCACAAGAACAUCGCGUUGCCAGAUUCUCUUUUGUCUCGUUUUGAUUUGCUUUUCGUGGUCACGGAUGAUGUCAACCAGACGAAAGAUAGAACCAUUUCGGAGCACGUUUUGAGAAUGCACAGAUUCAUUCUGCCAGGAAUGGCUGAAGGUGAGCCUGUGAGAGAGAGAAGUGCAGUGUCCUUGGCCACGGGAACUGAAUCAGUAGAUGACAACGCUGAGCAGCCAAUGUACGAGAAGUUCAACUCGCUUUUGCAUGCUGGUGUUGCUAACCGUGCGCAUAAUGGUUCAACCCCUACCAUCUUGUCGAUUCCAUUCUUGAAGAAGUACAUUCAGUAUGCCAAGCAGAGAAUUAAGCCAGUGCUCACGAAAAAGGCUUCGGAGUACAUUGUGAAGAAAUAUAGCGAUUUGAGAAACAGCGAUCCAGCUAAUAAUGAGAAGAGGACGGCUCCAGUGACAGCGAGAACUUUGGAAACUCUCAUUCGUUUGUCUACAGCUCACGCAAAGCUCCGUUUGUCUAAGGUUAUUGAGGUCAAGGAUGCUAAAGUAGCCGAGGAAAUGCUUCGAUUCGCCUUGUUCAAGGAGAUCGCCAGAAAAAACGAGCCCAAGAGAAGAAAGAUUGCAUUGUUUGGAGACAACGAAGAACAAGAAGAUGAGCCCGAAACCGAAUCUGAGGAAGACGAUUUAGAAGUUCAGGGUAUCUCGGAGUAUGAGCGUCAGCAGAAUACUCCAUCUGCCACCCCUCCAGCUGAAGGACAGGCAUCACAGGUUGCCGAUGAUCUCGACCACAUGCAUCUUUCGCAACAGCCACUAACAGAAACCACGAGUGAGCAGAAUGUUGAGGCGGCAGACAAUCUUGAAGGUAUCAGUACAGAAAGAUACGAGAGGUUCCUUUCGGUGAUGAGCUCUAUCGUCAACUCUCUGUUUUUCGACAACACUAGUGGCAGUUGUUCAAAAGAACAAGUGAUUGACCUGAUCAACGAGGAUCUUCCACAAGAGGAAAUUUUCAGUCCCGAGGAGAUUGCUAGUGGAUUUGCAAAGAUGGAAAGCAGUAACUACAUCAUGGUCGAUGAAGGGAAGGUUUACAAGCUAUAG